AUGGCUCCGCUGCUCCUGGGUGUCUGGGGGAUCCUGCUGCUCCUGGGGCUGUGGAGACUGCUCCAGGGCUGUGCCCUGCACCCCUCUCUGGCCCGUCGGUGGCCCCCUGGACCUCGCCCUCUGCCGUUCCUGGGGAACCUGCACUUGCUGGGUGUGACCCAACAAGACCGGGCACUGAUGGAGCUCUCAGAACGCUACGGGCCAAUGUUCACAAUCCAUCUGGGAUCUCAGAAGACCGUGGUGCUGUCAGGCUAUGAGGUGGUGAGGGAGGCCUUGGUUGGAACUGGGCAUGAGCUAGCCGACCGGCCCCCAAUCCCCAUCUUCCAGCACAUCCAGCGAGGUGGGGGCAUCUUCUUUUCCUCUGGAGCUCGCUGGAGGGCGGGUCGCCAAUUCACGGUGCGCACACUGCAGAGCCUGGGUGUGCAACAGCCAUCCAUGGUGGGCAAGGUGCUGCAGGAGCUGGCCUGUCUUAAAGGGCAGCUGGACAGCUAUGGAGGCCAGCCCCUCCCCCUGGCCCUGCUGGGUUGGGCACCAUGCAACAUCACCUUCACACUUCUCUUCGGCCAGCGCUUUGACUACCAGGAUCCUGUGUUUGUGUCCCUGCUGAGUCUCAUUGACCAGGUCAUGGUCCUGCUGGGGUCACCUGGCAUACAGCUUUUCAACACGUUCCCCCGGCUGGGGGCCUUCCUGCGGUUGCACAGGCCGGUCUUGAGCAAGAUUGAGGAGGUGCGCAGCAUCCUGAGAACCCUCCUGGAAGCGCGGAGACCACCUUUGCCAAGUGGCGGUCCUGCCCAGAGCUACGUGGAAGCUCUGCUUCAGCAGGGCCAGGAUGACCCCGAGGACAUGUUUGGCGAGGCCAAUGUUCUGGCCUGUACACUGGACAUGGUCAUGGCUGGGACAGAGACCACGGCGGCCACGCUGCAGUGGGCUGUCUUCCUGAUGGUUAAGCACCCACAUGUGCAGGGUCGCGUGCAGGAGGAGCUGGACAGAGUGCUGGGCCCUGGGCAGCUACCUCAACCGGAGCACCAGCGAGUACUGCCCUACACCACUGCUGUGCUGCAUGAGGUCCAGCGGUACAUCACACUCCUGCCCCAUGUGCCCCGCUGCACAGCUGCUGAUGUCCGGCUGGGUGGCUACCUGCUCCCCAAGGGCACGCCUGUGAUCCCAUUGCUGACUUCUGUGCUCCUGGACAAGACGCAGUGGGAGACCCCUAGCCAGUUCAACCCAAACCACUUUCUGGACGCGAAGGGGCGCUUUAUGAAGCGGGGGGCCUUCCUGCCAUUCUCCACUGGUCGCCGGGUCUGCGUCGGGAAGAGCCUGGCCAGGACAGAGCUCUUCCUGCUGUUUGCUGGCCUCCUUCAGCGGUACCGCCUACUGCCCCCACCCGGCCUCAGCCCUGCAGACCUGGACUUACGGCCUGCCCCAGCUUUCACCAUGCGGCCUCCUGCCCAGACCUUGUGUGUGGUGCCGAGACCCUAG